AUGGCUAUCGCGCGACCGAUUCGCAUGCUGGGCGCAGCAUGCAUACUGCUCUGUCUAUUCCUUGUCUUCCAAUUACAUCAGGAUUCCUCUGAAGGCGGGUCUAAGCUGGUCCAUGGCAUGAAAAAGGAUCCUCUUGUAGAUCCGACUGGAGAACCUUCAGGGAAUUUGUGGAGAGCCGACGAACACGAUUACUCCCCCGAUAGCGAACAAUCGGCCCGCACCAAUGCCGCGCUCAUCACUCUCGUUCGCAAUGAGGAACUGGGCCAGCUCCUCUCGACUAUGAACGAUCUAGAGCGAACAUGGAACGGCAAAUUCAACUAUCCCUAUAUUUUCUUCAACGAUGUGCCCUUCAGCGAGGAGUUCAAGCAGAAGACUCGGGCAGCGACCAAGGCUAAGGUCCAAUAUGAGCUUGUGCCCAAGGAGCACUGGGAUGUCCCAAGCUGGAUUAAUAUGGAUCUCUUCCACGAAUCCGCCAAGCUUCUAGCGGAGCAAGACAUCCAGUACAGCUCCCAGGUCUCCUACCACCAGAUGUGUCGCUGGAACAGCGGCAUGUUCUACAAGCACCCCGCCCUCGCUGGCUACCGCUACUACUGGCGCAUCGAGCCCAACGUCAAGUUCUUCUGCGAUGUCGACUAUGAUGUGUUCCGAUACAUGGAGGAUGGCAACAAGACCUACGGCUUCACCAUCAACCUUUACGAUGCACCUCAGAGUAUCCCGUCCCUCUGGCCCGAGACUCAGCGAUUCCUUGCCGCCAACCCCUCGUACCUCAGCGACAACAACAUGUGGGAGUGGAUUACCGACGAUGUGGCUCGUCCCGAGCACACCAAGGGUGGCAAUGGAUAUUCCACUUGUCACUUCUGGUCCAACUUCGAAAUCGGCGAUCUUGAUUUCUUCCGUGGCGAGAAAUACGAGGCGUACUUCCAGCACCUGGAUCGCGCCGGCGGUUUCUUCUAUGAGCGCUGGGGUGAUGCACCUGUCCACUCCCUUGGUAUUGGUCUUUUCGCCGAUGCCGCCAACGUUCACUGGUUCCGCGAUAUUGGAUACAACCACAUCCCUUAUCUCAACUGCCCCAACUCUCCCAAGUGCUCCGGCUGUAAGGCUGGUCAGUUCUAUGAAGGCGCAGACUGGCUCUCCAAGGAGGAUUGCCGACCUACCUACUUCAAGUAUGUUGGAACGCACUAA